AAAGCUACGCCGACUGAUUUUACUUCCGGUUUUCUUGACCAUGACAUGAGCCUCAUCUCUCAUAGGAGGAGUGUGUUCAGAGGGGCCGUGAUGGAGCGGUUUUGGAGCGUGAUUCCGUUCGCGCUGGGCGGUGCAGGAGUGCUGCUGCUCUACCAGCUGCUGCAGAGGGUCCGACAGAGGGCCCACAUCCAGGACGCUGUGGUGGUCAUCACCGGGGCCAGCUCUGGGCUGGGAAAAGAGUGCGCCCGGGUGUUCCACGCGGCGGGGGCCAGGCUCAUUCUGUGCGGGCGGGAUCGCACACGGCUGCAGCAGCUGGUCCAGGAGCUGGGGGAGGCAGCGGACGGCAAACGGAAGACGUACAGCCCCAGCACCGUGACCUUUGACCUGUCGGACACGGCGACGGUGGCCAGCGCAGCGGAGGAGAUCCUGCAGUGCCACGGCCACGUGGACAUCCUGAUCAACAACGCUGGCAUCAGCUACCGCGGGGCGGUCCUGACCACCCACGUGGACGUUCACAAAGAGGUCAUGGGCAUCAACUACUUUGGCCCGCUCGCCCUCACUCAAGCCAUCCUGCCCUCCAUGGUCCAGAGGCGGAGCGGACACGUCGUGGUCAUCAGCAGCGUCCAGGGCAAGAUCGCCGUCCCUUUCAGAUCAGCCUACGCCGCCUCCAAACACGCCACCCAGGCGUUCUUCGACUGCCUGCGGGCCGAGGUGGCGGAGCUCGGCGUGACCGUGUCGGUGAUCAGCCCCGGCUACAUCCGCACCAACCUGUCCCUCAACGCCGUGACCGCCGACGGCUCCAGAUACGGAGGACAGGACCACGGCGGAGGGGCGGGACCCGCGGGAGGUGGCAGAGGCCGUGCUGAGGGCCGUCGGAGGCAGGAAGCCGGACGUCCUGCUGGCCGGGCUGCUGCCCACCCUGGCCGUGUACAUCCGCACCCUGUGCCCCGCGCUCUUCUUCAGGCUCAUGGCCUCCCGCGCCCGGAAGGAGCGCAGGCCGAAAGAGGACUGAGAGCUCGGCCCCGCCCCUUCACGCUCAGGCCAGAAGGGGCGGCCCGCAGCCCGGUGGUUGAGGUACAUGUCUGGGACCUGGAAGGUUGGCGGUUGAAGACGUGGUGUAGCCACAGUAAGAUCCACACAACUGUUAAGCCCUUGAGCAAGGCUCUUAACCCCACAUUGCUCCAGGGGGGAUUGUGCCCUGCAUAGUCUAAUCAACUGUAUGUCGCUUUGGAUAAAAGCGUCAGCUUAAAUAACUGUAAUGUAAUGCAUUGGGAGGCGGGCAAAAAAACGACACUAUUCUCCUGAAACCGCUUAUUCUGGACCUGCGGACACUCGCAUUUUAGAAAGCAAGUCGACCAACACAAGUCAUGCCAUGACCUUGUGUGCACUGCAAGCUAAUGCAGGUAGAGGAGGCUCAUUUCACAAUGAAAACCAGAGUCUCAAAAUAAAACUCAUCCAGUGGGUUGUCAGAGUACCACACAGGCUGUGUCCAACGUGGGCCAUGACAUUUGGAGGAACAGUCUUAAGCGCUACUGACCAACCUGCGGUAACUCGAACUGCCAGCGCAAAUAACCAUAUAUCAAACUCUUUGCAGUUAAAGGUAAAGAAUGUUUAUUCAGUUGUGUAAAUACACCGCUAAUAUCUCACUUUGUGGGUGGUACAUGAUUCACGUCAACGCUCAAGUCUAAUAAUGCGAUCUUUAUACCUUAUAUGCCAGGGAACCACAGAUGGGCACGGAGGGAAAGCUGUGUGAAUAUGUGAAAUGUUGAUGCUUUAACCCAUAGGUUAGGCCCCAGCAGGGAGAGAGGCACUCUGGGCUCCUCUACAUCACACAGUGUCGUGUUGCCUAAAGCAGGAAAGAUGCGGUCAGUGCCAUUUUCCCUGGGCUCAUUCCAGUUGGUUAUUUUUCUCCCCCCUUGCUCCUGUUUCUACUCCUUGCUCCACUCAGGAGAGGCUAGAAAAAGAAGUGAAGACAUUAAAAGCAGGAACAUGAGGACAUCCGCUUCUCAUUGGCCUCCACUGGCUUCCUAUUGCCGCACGCAUCCGAUUCAAGGCCCUAGUGUUGGCAUUUCAGGCUGCUAAGGGGACUGCCCCACAUUACAUACAAUCCCUGAUCACUCCCUACUCCCCAGCUAGACCACUCCGGUCUGCCAGCUCUGGUCGCCUUACGGGUCCCUCUCUACGGGCACCUGGCGGUCGAGCUGCACGUUCACGCCUGUUUUCCGUUCUGGUCCCUCAGUGGUGGAAUGACUUGCCUACCACUGUCAGGACAGCAGAAUCCCUCCCCCUAUUUCGACGCAGACUCUUCAAACUCUACCUUAGUCCUCCCUCCUGACUUACCCCGCCCCCCCCUUCUGAUACCCCUAUCCCUGUCUAACCCCCCCCCCCCGCCCCCCCAAAAUAAAAAAAUAAAAAAAAUAAAUUGCACUUAUGAUGACGACUAUAUGUUUAGAACAGCAGUCCAGGUGUAUUUUCCUAGUUCUGGUUGUGAUGCUUUGACUUGUGGUAGAACCUAUGCACUUGUAAGUCGCUUUGGAUUAAAAGCGUCUGCCAAAUGACUAAAAUGUAAAUGUAAAAAAUGACAGCAAAUGGUAUGUCCUUGCUUCCAAUGUCAGUUGGAAGUCACGUCAGGAACAGACGUGGCAAAUGCGUGGCAGAUGGGGGUGGUCCACCGGUAGAUCGUUUUUUACGUCACGCUUUCCAAAGAAUUACUUCCGCAAGGGACGCACUUGUGUUUUCGGGACUCGGGAGUUCCUAGCUUCUAGCUUCUAGAAGGAACAUUUAACGGGUUGGACUAUCUUUAAAGACCUUGAUUGAUUUCCUGGUCAGAUGCAAGGAAAAAAUAUAUAUAUAAGAAAAAUAAGCUAUUGGAAUGAUUCACCUGAAGCCUUGCCUUGAUGGCUGAGUUGCAUCCAUCAGGAUAUAAGGGUUCAGUCACCUGAAGUAGACUAACGGGAGAAACAGGUUCUAUUUAAACCAUCUGGUGCUUUGAUAACGUUAUAGCGGAAGAAGUUUGUGGACCUUGCGUUUCUCAGUCUGAAUUACAGCUGAGUUAACAUUCAGUUUAACAAUAGCUCAGAGCAAUUAAGCGGAGUUAAGGAAAUUGUGUAAAGAGACAUUUGUUGUAUGGAAUAAACAUCCCUGUGGAAAGCAAGCAUA